GAGUCCACGCUUGGAGAAAGUAGGUUAGCAGGGUAGACUGAGAGGAAAGCAGGCGGAGAGUCACAACGCAGAGGGGGGGUCCGAACAACGCUCCUUCGUCGUGGGACUAAUCUGUCAGGAAAAAAAAAAAAAAAGUUGAGUCAAAUCUUUUUGGCAGUGCGCAGAGACGGCUACGAUGCGAACCCAAGCGACUUCCUUCGCUCUUUUAUUUUCCUCGGACUUGAUCGAGCGAUAAAAACAGAAGAGUUUUGGGGCAAUUUCUUAUUUCCCCUCCAUUUUUUUGGUCUUGCGUUACAAAGCUGGUUGCAGCCAGGACGAAGUUAACAUUUACAGAGCCAGUUUACUCUGGCAACAACGCUUCAUUCGCCUCUUUCGGGUCACCUCCACCUAAACCUCAUGUAGCCGAGUCUUCAUCGUCCUUACGAAAAUAAAGACAACACCAAAAUGAGAGCUCAGAUCGAGGUCAUCCCCUGUAAGAUCUGUGGGGACAAGUCCUCAGGAAUUCACUAUGGAGUCAUCACCUGUGAAGGCUGCAAGGGUUUCUUUCGUCGCAGCCAGCAGAACAAUGCCAUGUACUCAUGUUCUCGCCAGAGGAACUGUCUAAUUGACCGAACUAACCGUAACCGGUGUCAGCAUUGCCGUCUGCAGAAGUGUCUGGCUUUGGGCAUGAGUCGAGAUGCUGUCAAGUUUGGUCGCAUGUCAAAGAAACAGCGGGACAGCCUCUAUGCUGAGGUUCAAAAGCAUCAGAAGUCCCAAGAGUGUGUUGGCUCCGGAGGAGGGUCCUCUGCCCUCUCUUUAACCAGGGAGGAUGGAGUCUGCAGCAGCAGUGCAGAGGAUGGUGAAGAGGGUUUGAGCCGAUCCUACAGCAGUGGGGGCUCCACCUCCACACUCAGCGACCUGGAUGACAUUGCAGCGCUGCCUGACCUGUUUGACCUGCCGCUGACCCCUGAGGAGGCCAGCGAAUACUGCAGCCUGGAGCUGCUCGGGAGCGGAGGAGCCAGCACUGGGAACACCUCCAACUCCUCAUCUUCUUCUUCGUCUUCCUCAUCCUUGUCCAAUCAGAAUUCCCCUCAGCAGACUAUGCUGGACUCGGCGGACACCAAUGGGAUUCAGCUCCUGCAUAUACAUCCACUGCUGGGACAUAGACAUGCACUGCUGGACCAUCUGCCGGAUGACUGCUCAGUAACAGAGCUUGAGAACAUCACUCAGAGUAUUGUCAAGUCCCACUUGGAAACAUGUCAGUACAGCGCUGAAGACAUGAAGAGAUUUACCUGGGUACAGUAUUCACCUGAGGAAACACGGACUUUCCAGAACAAGUCAGCUGAGUGGAUGUGGCAGCAGUGCGCCCACCACAUCACCAAUGCCAUCCAGUACGUGGUGGAAUUUGCCAAGCGUAUUGCGGGCUUUAUGGAUUUGUGCCAGAAUGAUCAGAUUAUACUGCUGAAAGCAGGCUGUCUGGAGGUCCUGCUCAUACGUAUGUGCCGCGCCUUCAACAGCAAUAACAGCACCAUUUUCUUCAAUGGAAAAUUUGCCCCGGCUCAGUUCUUCAAGGCGCUCGGCUGUGAUGACCUGGUUAGCGCAGUGUUUGAACUGGGAAAAGCACUCUGCCGUCUGCAGCUGUCCGACGAGGAGAUGGCUCUGUUUAGUGCUGCUGUCCUUCUCUCCCCUGAUCGACCCUGGUUAACAGAAGGCCAGAAGGUUCAGAAACUCCAAGAGAAAGUCUACUUGGCUCUGCAGCACAGUCUAAAGAAGAGUGGGGCCUCUGACGAGAAACUGGACAAGAUGGUGUCCAAGCUGCCCACAAUGAAGUCUAUCUGUAACCUCCACAUUGACAAACUAGAGUUUUUCCGUUUGGUCCAUCCAGAAACCGCCUACAGUUUCCCACCAUUGUAUCGGGAAGUGUUUGGCAGUGAGAUGCCUCUGCCAGACUCCACUGACAGCUAAACAGACAGAUAAACAGAUGAAAGAGAUGGAGAGUGUAUUCAGAGGUAGGGGAGCAAAAGGAGAGACAGAGAAGGAUAGCGAUAAUGAAGCCUAACAACCAGCAAUUAAGAGACAAUCCAGGACUUUAAAUACUCCGUCUCCCAAAGUAGUCCUCCACUAUCCCAGCAGGCAAAGCACCUUACACUACAGACCACACAUGCUCACGGUCCUGCAUAUUGUAGCAUUAACAACAAGCGUACGGGCAUUGUAAUAAUAUCAGACCAGCCCACAAAGCAUGUAAAAGCUCCAAGCUCUAAAACAUGUUUAACAUUUGAUCCACUGUGGAUCGCAAAACUAGUUAUGAAUGUACCUCAUAAAUUAGCACCAGUGCACAGGCAAGAACCCAACAGUGAAUGUAAAACCCUGCCACUCUGAGUUAAAGUUUCACAUGCACUAUUAGCAUGAAGUUGGUCAGCAGGUUUCAAUCUUCAUAAAGCUCUGAGUCAAUAUUCCUCUAUAUCCUUGCAUCUUAGUAUGGUGCCCACAUGUAUUCAUACAGACAGCAUUCUUUGACUUACCCUCACUUAGGGACCAAAAUCACAGGUCAGAGUUUUCUCUGCCAUUAAAAGAAACACACAUAUGGCUCACAACUUAGACUGAACUAAGUUAAUAGCUCACAAACAAUUUCACACACAUUUACAAUAGACAGUGUUCGGUGCUGCCUUUUUCUAGGCUCUUGUAAUGCAAUGAGAAACCUCAGUCCCACACACCCCUUUCCUUGCAAAUGCCACUUAGAGACAGGACAAGAUGAAAUUAUCUUUAAUUUAUAUACACAUUUAUAAAUAAAUAUUUUAAAUAAGAAUGUAAAUAGAUAACUAUAUAGGUGAGAGUAAGAGUGUGUGAGGGAGAGAAAAAAGGAGCAUAAGAUAGAAGAGGAGGCACAAAAGAUGUGAGAAAGGCUGAUAUUUGGAUUACAUUUUUCUUUCUGGACAAUUCAUCCACUCUUGACAGUACUCUCAGGUUUCCGUGGCAACAAAUCUCUUCUUGGCCUGACGGUAGUGGCGUGACCGUCCCACAAGGCAUUGGGUGAACACUUGUUGCUGAUGCGACACAGCAGGGGAGGGAGCGUACUCAAGCAAAGGCAAAAGAAAUAAAGAAAAAACAUUGCCUUGUGUUCCGAACUGUUGGCUUUCAGUCUGCACUGCUGCUGCCUGCCCUCCCCACCUUCGCUUAAAGAGACAAGAGGACAAACAGGACACUAAGAAGAAGAGAGAGCAAGGCAAAAGAUGACUUCAAGAACUAUAUGAUAACUGGGUCUUCACACUUGUUCCUGACCAGCAGUCACUUCAGUAGGAGUACAGUAAUGUUACAGUGAUUCACUCAUUUCAUUUAGCUAAAGUCUGAGAUUAAAAUGGUCCAUAUGUAUCGUAAACCCUCUCUGCUGGUUGGUACAACUGUAUUAUUUUGUACAUUUGGUGUCCCUCUCUCUUUUAGUCGUAAACCCAACACUUGUCCAAAUAUCAAGCACUUAUACUUUUCCUCUUUCUCACUUGACACUAGUCUAAGGCCAGACAGAGCUACCAGCUGCCCCCCUGAGUUGGGCUUCAAUGCCAGUAAGACUUCAAUAAACCGGUUUCUUUUAUUAUUAUUAUUAUUAUUUUGUUAUUUUAUCACAUAAGUCAUCCAUUACUGUUUACAUUUGACAUGUACAUAAUAGCACAUUUUCUGAGGGUGUUAAAGCAUUGAGAUGAUGACGAUAAUGUCUUACUUGAGGUGCUGUGUUUUGAGCAGAGUCCGAGGACCUGCUGCCUGUUGCUCAGGGAGCUAGCUGUGAUCUCUUGUCCCUUUGUUGCAAGUGUCGUCUUAGCCUUGUACUCCUCACACCUUUGCACCUAAGACCCAUAACCAUAAUCACUGUGGACGUAAGUUCUAUUUUUGUGAAUGUUACUCACAAAGUGUCAAAACCCUUCCUGUUUGUCCUAAUAUUGUAACAUUCAAUUUAAGAUGCGUAGGAUCUUUUUUAAAAAAAAAAAUAAAAAAAAUCAGUUAGGUUACAGAUGAAUUUUGUUAUUGGGGUUUAAUGUUUCUUUGCUGUGACUUUCAUUUAUUCGUCAGUCUUUUAUCCACAUUUUCUUCACGUGUCUCCACUUUUUGUCUUGUAAAUGAUUUUUUUUUUAAAUGAGGAAAGAUUAGGAAAGUGCAAACAAAAAAAAAACAAUAGUUUGACUCCGUUCUCUUUCCCUGUAUGACAAAAUGUACAAGAGGUAUAUUACUAGUCCAAGAGUCACACAGCUUGAUAUAUAUGUUGUCCAAUGGGAUACAUUAUACGUGGUUUUAAGAAUGUAAUAAAUGGUUUCUUUUUCUUUUGAAA